AUGACAGCCUCAGAUAAGGCCCUGCAGGCAUACCUACUCCGGCAGCAGCUGCUAGCAGGAAUUGCGCCUGAGAAUUUGAUACCAAUGAGGCCACCCACAACUGGCCAGACCCAGGGCGGUAAUCAGGGUAUCGUGAACAGGCCAAGCAAUCCUUCUUUGGUGCAGAUCACGAACAACGGUAUUUCAAUCCCUCAUAUCCCACCUGCAAGGUUCACUGGCGUACUUCACCCACUUCCUGCUCAGCCAACUCAGGGUUCCCGCAGUCCUAUAUCUCUUAAGAGGCAGCCAAUCUCCAGGUGCGGCAGCAAUCCUGGCGCGGGUUUGAGAACGCAACCGGUAGCCCGGGUUCGAUCCGAAAAUUCUCAAGGCAGGAAUACCGUAUCUCACGAGGGAUCAAGUGCUUCGGGUGGACGUCAAUCUGAGCCUCAUGCUAGUGAAAGACCCCGUCAACCCUCUGAAGGGGAUCGGAUUCGAAGGGUAGAGGCUCGACGGCCCACGCAGCGAAAUAGCCAUCUUGCCGUGCCUCAUCAGCAGGAUAGAUCACAGCCUCGGCUUCAGCUUUUCCCUACCUUAGCUCGUGGCUCGAUCAGCCCUCUGCCAUUAAAUAGUAAUACUAUUUCUCCGGAUACCAGUAACAAGAGCUCGAAUACCACAGGCCUCCCACACAACGGCUUUGAUAUUCUUCUAGCCUUCACUUAUCAUCAAGGUCUAUCUCUGGAGCUCACAAUGUAUCUCAACGUUGAAGAAUUGAUCAAUUUACUCUCGAUCUCCAAGCCGUUUAAUCGCUUCGUGAAGAAGAAUUGUUUUGAUAUCAUAAAACGCCAGGCGACGAGGGACGCUCCCGAAUCCUCGCAAAUAUUUCCGUUCAGAUGCUAUUCGAGGCUGUGCAUCGAUAACACAAAUGCCAGGCGACAGUCUAUUCCUGCUCGCGACAUUGUAGGCGAAAACAACCUUGCACCGUCCUUUUGCUGGUUGCAAAUGAUCAUCUACCGCGAGAAAACGGUCAAGAAAAUCAUGGAAAAUAUGCUCGCUGCGGGCUAUUGGUUGCCAAAGCCAUGUGAGCCAGUAAUCAAGAAGCUCUGGUUCAUCAUGGAUAUCCCCGACAACCGGCGUCGUGAAUGGACGAUGAUGAACCGCAAUUUGUGGCAAGAUAUCGAACUUUUCUUCGCAAUGAUCUUCAUUGCCCAGCUCGAUAUGCUGUUGAGGAAGAAACGUGAGAGUAUCACGGGCCGUUUAUACCAUUUAUUGAUGGCUCAGCCUACUAUGACCGUGCUUUGGGACGUCUUGAGGGAUGCUGCUCUUCGAAGCGAGUUCGAGACUCUCAAGUAUUUUGUCCGUUGGAAGUAUACUCCUUUGCCACAUGAGACUGACCUGUACGUUUAUGGAGUUCCUCCUCAGGAGGUUGGAGCACUUCAGUAUGAAGGAUAUGGCCGACACGAAAGAGUCACAAAAUUCAUCCAGCCCGAUGAGCUCAUUUUGAGAGAAAUGGCCAGGAGGCAGCUUAAUCUUGGUGAUAUGUACCAGGAUAUCUUCUUGACUGGUGAUAGGGCCCGUUACUAUUCGCGGUUCACUCAAGCUGCUACUUCGUGGGAUGAAGAAAUGAAACGUGAGGCGGGUGCGCAAGGUAUAGACUGGCAAAAUGUUGUCAGAUUGAACUAG